AUGGCCCAGGGCCGCCUUGCAACUUGCACGGUCGACUACUCGACUCCUGCCAUCAAAGAUACCUGUCCGGUGCGCGUCAUCUGUGCCGGCGCCGGGUUCAGCGGCGUAUGUGCGGCUAUCCGUCUGCCGCAGCACAUCCCCAACCUUGACCUCGUCAUCACCGCCACCGGCUUCGACACCUCGUACCUGCCACGCUACCCCGUUGUCGGCCGUGGUGGCGUGUCCCUCGAGCAGAUGUGA